CGUUGGAGAAAUUCAAAGAAUCCCUGUCCAAAAAAAACAAAACAAAAAAAAAACUCAGAACCCUAACGUUAAUAAAAAUGUCAUCUUGCAAAGUUGCAAUAUCAAACACAUCAGCUUUCUCACCAUCUUCGUCGUCUUCUUCCAUCUGUUCACCCAACUCUUCUUCCCCUCGGCUCCUUCGUCUCCCCAAAUCAAGUGGGCUCGUCAAAACUUUGGCCGGCGGGGAAUCUUCCGCGGUCUUGAAGAGGAAGAGGCCGCCGAGAUUGGAUAUUCCGGCGUUCUUUGCGGAGGAGCAGGACGCCGCUGCGGCGGCUGCGGCGGCGGAGGAGGAGGUUGUGGAGGUGGAAGGAGAUGGGUUUUCAGUGUGUUGUAAGAAGGGGAAGAGAAAUGAGAUGGAGGAUCGGUACUCUGCUUCUGUGGGGCUUCUAGAUGAUUCCAACAAGGCGUUGUUUGGUAUCUUUGACGGGCACGGAGGUGCGAAAGCUGCUGAGUUUGCAGCCGAGAAUUUGGAAAAGAAUAUCGUAGAUGAAUUGAACACAAGGGAAGACGAUGGCGAAAUCGAGCUAGCAGUAAAGGGUGGUUACUUGACCACCGAUUCCGAAUUUCUCAUGAGAGACCUUCGAGGCGGAACGUGCUGCGUGACAGCACUGAUAACAAGGGGCAAUUUAGUCGUUUCAAAUGCCGGCGAUUGUCGUGCUGUAUUGAGCAGAGGUGGGGCGGCGGAGGCGCUCACUUCCGAUCACCGCCCGUCUAGGGAAGACGAGAGGGAAAGAAUCGAGAAUUUGGGUGGUUUCGUAGAAUGUCGAAACGGAGUUUGGAGAGUACUAGGAUCUUUAGCUGUGUCGAGAGGUAUCGGAGAUCAACACCUCAAGCAGUGGAUCACAGCAGAACCCGAGACUAAAAUCGUUAAACUCGAACACGAACACGAGUUUCUUCUCCUCGCUUCUGAUGGAUUAUGGGAUAAGGUUAGUAAUCAAGAAGCGGUAGAUAUCGCGCGUCGUUUGUGUGUAAAUGUGGAUAAGCCUCAGCCGCUAUCGGCCUGUAGAAAGCUCGUCGAUCUCUCGGUUUCCAAAGGCUCUAAUGAUGACAUAAGUGUUAUGCUCAUUCAACUGGGAAGAUUUUGUUGAUGAUCAGUUGGGAUUGGAAAAACAAAAAUCUAAUUAGUUGACAUCUCGAUUUUCGAUUUUCGUAACUGUUACAUAGUCUUGCUUUCCGUUUUACCUUAUGAACAUUUGAUUAUCUGAUUCAGAAAUUAAUCAGUCUUACGAAAUAAUGAAAACCCCAUAUUUCGUUUACAGUAAGUAUACCAAGCGCAGAAGUGCCUUUUUUUACGUUUUCGAUUCAUUUUUAUUAUUAGAUCUUAUCAAGGGGUUCACUGCAUACGGCACCGUUGUUUACCGUAAUCGCUAAAGAAACUCCGUCGUAUAAUUUUUAUUAGCAAAAACCACUGUGACUGAAAAAUCAAAAGCAAUCACACCCCUAUAAAACUCAUUAAUUAGAGGGUGUAUACUUAAAAAAAACAACACAAGGGGUGUCUUACAAUUAACUCUAUAAUAAAGUCAAAAGGAAUAUCAAAAUCUGCAAUAAUUUAUGUUAUACACCAUAAGCAGAAAAAGUCAAAUAAUCUACAAUAGACUUAGUCUGGGAAUAAAUAAAAAAAA